AUGGUAGGCAUACUACCAGUAGUGCUGGUUAGCCUGGCUACCAGCGUGUACUCGCAUCCUACCCACAAGUCACCUGCUUCUGGUGGCUAUCAUGAUAAUGCUGGCGUCCUUGAAUAUGUGAAUCCUCUCAUCGGUACUUAUGGUACAACGCCAAAUGGAAAUGGCGGGAUGAUCCCCUCUGUCUGUCCGCCCUUCGGCAUGACCCGUUGGACACCCCAAACUCGCGAAAACUUCAUCUCUCAAGUCCCCUAUGGUGACAGCGAUCGGCUCAUUCAUGGUUUCCAAGCCACACAUCAACCCGCCAUUUGGAUGGGUGAGUCUGGUCAGGUAGUGUUGACCCCCGGAAUAGGGAAGGUGCAGCCAUUGUUCCAGAAUCGUGGCUUGGAGUUCCGGAAGAAAGACGAGCGCAGCACACCGUAUGUUUAUGAACUUUUGGUCGAUGCUACUCAGCACAUGAAUCGCAAUUGGAAUGCGACGGCGGAGGCUGUGGGUGAUGGGCCCGUUCCGGGUGGUGCUGGAGCGGUGCCGGAAAAUGUCCAGGAUGGUGCCAAUGGACGAACACGAAAACGUCAUUUCGACACCACUACACUGCCUGAUACGGAUGUGGAAGAGUAUGAGAGGUCUAUUCGGAUCGCGAUGUCUGCCGAUACUCAUGUCGGUCAUCUUCGUUUCGAUUUCGAGGGACCUGCGGAUGACUCUCGCAGUCUGCGCGGUGAAGAGCCUUGGGUUUUCAUUCAAGCCUCGCGUCGAAAUUGGACAGGCGAAGUUCACAUCGAUCCAAGAGCUAGGGAGAUUUAUGGCUACAACACCGAGCGCCAGGACUAUCUCCUUGGUCCAGACAAAGCGGCUUCAUUCAAAGGAUAUUUCGUAUCCCGGUUCUCUGAGUGCUUCACAGAAUACGGAGUCACAGAUGGUGAUUCUGUGAUGAAGAAUGAGGCCCAAAGGCAUGGCAAUUUCACCGGUGCAUACGUCAAAUUCAAGAACGCGACAUCUCGUGUUGAGGUGCGCACUGGAGUUUCAUAUAUCAGUGUCGCCCAGGCAAGGAAGAAUCUCGAAUUUCAGACUCCGGAUGGACACACAUUCGAAGAUACCGUGGAAACAGUCAAGUCUGCUUGGCUCGAGAAGUUGGGCCGUGUGUCCAUCAAAGGCGUGAACACCGAUCCAGAAAACGAUCCUCGGCGUAUCUGGUACACUGGUCUCUUCCACUCCUUACAAUACCCCAGUGAUUUUUCAGAGCCAACGUCUGAUAAAGCUAAUGCCCCUCGCAUCUUCUACUCGGGCUAUACUGAUAAAACACACACCGAGAAUGACUCGUACUACCAGUCUUGGUCUAUCUGGGAUACCUACCGAGCGGAGCAUUCUCUAUUAACUAUAUUCGCACCCGAGCGUGUAAACAGCAUGAUGCGCUCACUGCUACGAAUCUUUGACUGGUCGGGCUGGUUGCCCCUGUGGGUUAACCUGGUUGAGACUAAUAUCAUGAUAGCCACAAAUGCAGACGCUGUGCUCGCCAACGCACUGCAACGUGGAUUCAAAGGCUUCGAUAUUCAAAAAGCCUGGAAAGCCGUCAAGAAAGAUGCGUACACUCCACCUGAUCACGACAUCAAGACUCUGUAUUAUGACCGUGAGCCAGGCACGUCAUAUGAGGUACGUGCCGGCCUCACCUCAUACAUGCAGCAGGGAUGGGUAUCGAAUGAUGCCUGGUCCGAAGCCGGCAGUCGUACCUUGGACUAUGCAUUUGACGACUAUGCCUGCUCGGUGGUUGCUACCCACGCGGGACAAGUCGAAGCGGCCGCGGAAUUAAUGACUCGAAGCCGGAAUUAUGCAAAUGUCUGGAACAACAAAACCCAAUUCAUGCAGGCCCGAAAUGCAAACGGCACCUGGGCGAACAGUACUUUUGGUUGGACCGAAGGCGACGACUGGGUUUACACAUUCGAUGUGAUGCAUGAUGUGAAGGGUUUGGCUAUGCUCUUCGGUAGCCCUGAGGCUUUCCGUGACAAGUUGAAUGCGCACUUCGAGGGUGGACACAACGACCAUACUAAUGAGCCAAGUCACCACGUUCCAUAUCUUUACUCUGCCCUGGGCUAUCCAAACAGAGCCGCGGAGGUUAUUCGGGAGGUCGCCUGGGCAAACUACAAUGCCACCAGCGGAGGACUAGGUGGAAAUGAAGAUUUAGGCCAGAUGAGUGCCUGGUAUGUUUUCUCUGCGCUGGGUUUUUAUCCAGUCGACCCUGCCAGCGAUGAAUAUAUUGUUGGUACUCCGUUCUUUGAGGAGGUCUCUAUCCGUCUCCCUAGCGGAGUCAGCACUGGCGGAGUUGGUGGUCAAGAGAGAACGCUUGGGAUACGCGCUCCUGGAGCAACCACAAACCCCUACGUUCGUGGGCUCAAAGUUGAUGGUAAAAGCAUCAAAGCUCCUGUCCUCAAACAUGGCCAAAUCGUACGUGCAGGAAAAAUUGAGUUUGAGAUGAGCGCGACCCCUGGUUCCUGGGGGAGCCGGCCGUUUUGGAUGUGA